AAAAAUAUAUAAAUUGGGACAAUAAAAAAUAACACUUCACUGCGCCUUAUAAGCUCUACUUGAAACCUCUAUUUAGUUUUUAGAACAAAGUGGUCGUUAAAAUGACAAAUAAAAUUUUAUUUUUCAUUUUUUCUCUAACUCAGGCAAGUUUUAUAAAGUUAAACGAUUUUGACGAUACUUCUGAUACUACAUCAAUAAAUAAUUGCGCCGAUUUUAAAAAACGUUGCGAUCCAAAUCUUGAAAAACCAUGUUGUUAUCUAAAUAACGUAUGCGCAGCAGAUGGAUGGGAUGGCAACGAUUUCAUAUAUCAGUGUUUAUAUUCAAUUCGUUUUUGUCUAUCAAAUAGUGACUGUGAGGAUUCUAAUUUUGUUUGUAUUAAUAAUGAAUGUUCAUGCCAUUCAUUAUCUGUAAAACAAUCUAAUAAUAAAUGUAUGGAAAGUAAGCAAACAACGAAAUUAGGAAAAUUAUGUAGAUAUCAUGAGGAAUGCAAUGAUUUAAAGCAUCUAGAAUGCUCUGAAAAUGAUAUAUGCGUAUGUAGAUCACAUCAUAUAGUUGAAAAUUACACUUUAUGCAAAGCACUUUUAGGUGGAUUUUGUGAAAACGAUGAAAAAUGCGCCGCUAAUUCUGUUUGUAUUGAUAAUCAGUGUCAAUGUAAACAUCAAUAUGUUCCGUCACUUAGUGGAAAAUGUGUACCAACACCAUUGGGAAGCUUUUGUCAUAACGAUCAUGAUUGUAAUGGAACAUUAUACACAAAAUGUUCUGAUGAUAAAAAAUGUGUUUGUAAAAAUAAUCAUUAUGUAAUAAAUGAUACAACAUGUGCGCCGUUAUUGGGUGAAUUUUGUAUUGUUGAUGGACCAUGCAUAGCUACUAAUUCUACAUGUGUUAAUAAUAAAUGUAAAUGUAAAAACGGUUUCAGACCUUUAUUUAAUGAUACUUGUGUAACUUCAUCAUUAGGAAAAUUUUGUAUGAAUAAUUAUGAUUGUCAAGAUGUAUUACAUUCAAAAUGUUCGGAAGAUAAUAAAUGUGUUUGUGAAAAAAAAUAUGGCCCCGCGAAUAACGUCACGUGUGGACUACUUUUAGGCGAAUUUUGUUAUGAGGAUGAAGAAUGUGCUCCCUUUAAUUCUAUUUGUUUAUUUUCGAAAUGUCACUGCAAACCUGACUACAUUUAUGGAUCUAACACACGAUGCAUACCAACAAAAUUAGGACAGCCAUGUGAAUCCGAUAUCGAGUGCAAAGAAUUUUUACAUGGAAUAUGUUCAAAAAAUAAUGUAUGUGUCUGUAGAGAAAAUAAUAUUUUUGUAAAUAAUUUAACAUGUGAACCAGUAAUAGGUGGAUUUUGUGAUUACAAUAAUUAUUGUGCAGCCAAUCAUUCUACUUGUGUUAAUAAUAAAUGUAAAUGCAAAAGCGACUAUGCUCUCUAUCCUGAUAAUGAAUGUCGACUAGGUAAUAAUUAUUUUUAAAAAUUUUCUGAUGCUUUGAGAAAUAUCUUUUUUCGAAGCAACUCAAGCAUGUUCUUUAAUAAUUUAUAUUAUUGUCAUAAAUUAUAAAUUUUUCAUUUUUAGUUUGGGAAUAGGAAACUGCUGUUUAUGUUGAUACCAAACUGCCUGAGUAUAUAUAUAUAUAUAUUUUCGUUUGGAUUUAGAAGUUUGAUUUUAUUUUUAAUUUUAAAUUAUAAUAAAAAAAUAACGAGUUCUAUAAUUUUUAUUAUCCACAAUUUCUCUUGUUUAAUAAAUUAUCUGCCUGAAAACUAAGUUUAGAAAAAAUAAAACCAGACAAAUAAAAGAAAAAAAAAAAUUAAUUAUCUUGUCAAUUAAAUGAAAGAGAAAUGAAAUAAAAAGUUAAUGUCUAAUUAUAAAACCGAUAAUAAAAAAAUAAAAAAUAGUAUAUUGUCUCGUCAAUUAUUACAUGAUGAUAUGUAAUGAUGAACAUAGACCGCUCUUUCUAAUAUAACUAUUAUUUAUCUGUAUACAUUCACCAGCAUUAACCACCAACACGACCCGGAACAUUCACGUGACUAAUUUCACCGUGGGAGAGACAAAACGUUUUGAAACUUGUCAAUCAUCUCUUGCCUAAGAAUGCAAACUUUAUUAAAUAAUCUAAGUAGAAUAAGUUUACUCUAAUUAAUAACAAUAUUAAUCAUCCAAUAAUUGAAUCAUUAUUGCUGUGUACGAUUAUAAUAUCAAAUAGAAAUUAGCAAUUGAUUACUAUUUGAUGAGUAAAACUUUAACUUACCAUCAGCAUGAUGUGAUAAUUAAGAUGAUUACAAGUAAGAUAAUUGCUGAUGUUUGACACUCGUGUUUCUACCCCACGUAAUUAUCUUGAUCUCAAGUGUUGUUAUUCAAGUAGAUAUACUUAAAAAAUAAUUAUAAUGUAAUUAGUGAAUAUAUAAUUAAUUUAAAUAAAAAAACAAAUAUUUAGUUUAAGCUUGAGCCACUGAAUUUAAAAAAACUGUCAGCGACAAGAGCUGGCCACUGAUCCAGUUUAGAUUCACUGGAGAAUGUGAUCCAUAAGUAGACUUGUAAAUAUACCUUCUAGGAGGAUAUAGACUCGUAUCCCACCUCUACCUGGGUCACAAACGUACGAUAUAAUACAUGAGAGAACAAGCAAAGGAUCAUCACGUGAGGAGUGAGGACGCCGAUGGGAGUUUACUUUCAUUUUCAAAGACAACACUAUUUUGUAAUCUCUUCGAUCUAUUUUAUAAAACGUAAGCUAAUUUUUAUCAUUCAUCAUUCGAUUGUGUGCUUCAAAAAUUUACAUAAGAUAAUUAUGUAAUUAUUAUACCUGCUCUCGUCGCUGACAUUCAAAAGUAAAAAAAAAAGAAAGUUAUGAAAGCUAAAAUAUUCAAGUUUAAUUUUAGGAAAUUUAGCCAGGCUUGUUUUUAAAAAUUCCUGUUAAUUUUUGAGACAAAUUUAGGAGAAAACAAAAAAAAAGGUAAUUUUGAAAACUGUGUACACUGUAAAAAAGUUUUGGAGUGAACGCGAAUUCAAUUAAAAGUGAAUUUCGAGUAAAUUUCUUAUUUAUUUUUUGAAUCCCCUCAAACUAAAAUUCGCCUUAGAAGAGAUUUUAUUUAAAAAUUAAAAUUCCGGAUUGGUGUGAGUGCAGAUUGAAAUAAAAUCCGUAUUCACUUCCAAUUCCUUACAGGGUAAAAAGUCCAGAGAAAUUUAUUCUGUUUUAAUUACCGAACUCUGUUUUCUUCUUACUGGAAAUCAUACAUGAGAUUAUAAAGUAAAACUCUAAGUUUAUAAAUAAGCAAAAUAAUUUAUUCAAAUAUUUGAAUAAAUUUACAAGUUAAUUAGUAUAGAAAUUAAUUUUGAAAUAAUUAUUGAGUUGAUAUUUUUGGGUGAAUCAUUUUUGCUGCUGCGUAAAGUGAGCCGACUACCAAAUCAUCGAUGAGCUUAAUGAGUUUGUUGACUCUAGAUUCUCUGUAGGUGAUG